UGUUGGUCGACUUGACACGUCGAAAAAUGGCGGCGAUAAUCACCCAAGCAAGGAAUUCAGAUAUCUCCAAACUUCAGUUUUAACUUACCCAGUGGCAGAGGACUUUUCCAUAUUUUAAUCUCCAGUGAAACAAUUUUUGCUUUCCCAUCGUGUCUGAAAGGGAGAAGGCAUCGUUUAACCAUCCCGAUGGAGUGCAUGUUCAUCAUGAACCGGAUGGGCUCUCCGGGUAGCUCAGCUGCAGCCCAGCGAAGGCGAAUGGCCCUGGGGGUGGUUAUACUCCUGCUGGUGGACGUCAUCUGGGUGGCCUCCUCUGAGCUGACAUCAUAUAUUUUCCGGCGACAGGACUACAACAAGCCCUUCUUCAGCACCUUCACCAAGACAUCCAUGUUUGUGCUUUACUUGCUGGGGUUCCUGCUGUGGCGUCCCUGGAGGCAACAGUGUACCGGCUCGCUCAAACGCCGACACGCUUCACUUUUUGCUGAUGCAGAAGCCUACUUUGCUCCCUGCACCAAUGACACCACUGUGAACAACUGUUUGAGUGAACCACUGUACGUGCCCGUCAAGUUUCGGGACGUACCCGCCGAUCUCUCCAACUGUUUAAUCGAAACAGACUGUGAAUCUUCAGCUUCUAAAAAGCAGCGGGUGCGUUUUAGCAACAUCAUGGAGGUGCGUCAGCUGCCCUCCACGCAAGCCCUGGAGGCCAAACUGUCCCGGAUGUCCUACCCGGCCGCCAAGGACCACGAGGCCAUGUUGGGCACGGUGGGCAAGCUUACCAUCACCGACGUGGCCAAGAUCAGCUUCUUUUUCUGCUUUGUGUGGUUCCUCGCCAACCUGUCUUAUCAGGAAGCUCUCUCCGACACACAAGUGGCCAUUGUCAACAUUUUGUCGUCCACGUCAGGCCUGUUCACACUCAUCUUGGCUGCUAUAUUUCCCAGCAACAGCAGCGACCGCUUCACAUUGUCCAAGUUGUUAGCAGUGGCACUGAGUAUGGGAGGUGUUGCCCUGGUGAGCCUCUCCAGCAUGGACCGGCCUGAUGAGAAGGGCACCAUAGGUACCUUGUGGUCCCUAGCUGGGGCCAUUUUGUACGCCAUCUACAUCGUGAUGAUCAAGAGACGGGUGGAUCGGGAGGAUAAGCUCGACAUUCCUAUGUUCUUUGGGUUUGUAGGCCUGUUCAACCUUCUGCUGCUGUGGCCGGGCUUCCUCCUCCUUCACUACACAGGCUUUGAGGCCUUUGAGCUUCCCAGCCAGCUGGUGUGGACCUACAUCCUCAUCAACGGCCUCAUCGGGACAGUUCUCUCAGAGUUCCUCUGGCUGUGGGGCUGCUUCCUCACGUCGUCACUCAUUGGGACCCUGGCCCUGAGCCUCACCAUACCGCUCUCUAUGUUGGCAGAUAUUUUCAUGCAGAAGGUGCGUUUCUCAUGGCUGUUUUUUGCAGGGGCGGUGCCCGUCUUCCUCUCCUUUUUCAUCGCCACGCUGUUAUGCCACUACAACAACUGGGACCCAGUCAUGGUGGGUCUGAGGAGACUGUACGCCUUCGUUUUUAGAAGACAUCGCAUUCAGAGCAUCACUGGGCUUCAUCUUGUCAACUCAAACGCAACCGGAUACCCUGGUUACCAUGGCGACAACAACACUAAUGGAUCGCGCCGUGUGUUCAUAAGAAGAAAAUGGGGAAAAAACGUGUGUUGGUGGUCACCGGUGCUCGGGAGAGGACGUUCGUUUAAGACUUCUGAAUCUACUCCCCGAGGACAACGAGCUGUGUGAAAGCCUUAUACCUUUACACACCGUCUCCCUAAACCAAGGAAGCCUGUGCUCAUGAUCUACAGUCAAGUGGCAAACAUUUAGUAGCAGUCAGAGACAAUGAUCCACCCAGUGCCUACCAUUUGAAUGUUCAACUUGCUUCAGUGAGGCAGAGUUACUCCUUUUUUUUUUUUUUUUUUUUAAAUCGUGUGGCUAAAAUCUGACCGCGGCUCAAGAAGCUGGACGUGACCGGUCCUUCUUCUUAUUAUAGACAACAGGGAGUGACAGGCAAUACUGACUGAUGAUGUCACGUGACCAAAUGAAGAGGUACGUUUAAAGUUGACUGGAGCGCCAGCAGAGGAAUAAACCAGGAGUCCUUGUGCAUUCUUACCCAUUUUGCACUUCCUCACUUUUUUGCCUUUUGUUUGAUUGCCUUUUUCACCUAUGAGGUAGCAAGCGGACAGUCUGUUUGCAAAUAUAUACUUUUAUUCGUGAAGCUUCCGGUUUGAAAGAAUAUCACAACACUAUGUUUAACCUCUGGUUCCAUUGUGGCUCAAACUGACCCAUUUUUUUAGUUAAAGAAAGAUGUAGUUUUUCAGUUUGAAACUUCAGUUUAAUCAGGGUGCUCAACAAAUAUAGUAUACCUAAUGGUUAUUAAUGGGGUUAAUAAUAAGGUCUAAUCAAUGAUCAUUGGGAUUUCAGGCACUUUUGGAUCAUGAAACACGCCCUGGGUCAAAUGGACCCAUUUUACGGUUAAAAAAAUGUUUUUUAGCAUUCACCUUCUGCUUGGCUUAAUAAGUGUAAUCAACAUAUCAUUAUUAAUCAGAUUAGAUUUAAAAAAGAGGGAAAAAAUCAUACCUGAUUCUUUGAUCAUUAAACAUGCGGGGGUCAAAUACAAAUUUUGUAUUUUUCAGUAUGACACAUCUGCUUAGCUUAAGUAUAAACAUAUUCCAUACAUUUUUAAUAAUGUUUAUUGGGAUUUUGUGGUGACAUUUUUUGAUCAUUAAAUGUGCUCUGGGUCAAAUUGACUCAUUUUAGAGGACUUUAAAAUAUUCCAGUGUUAAAUUUAACGUAAUAAAAGUAUACCAAAGUGGUUAAUAAUGAUAUCAAAACAGUAUUUAUGAUUAAACACGCCAUUGGUAAAAUUAGAACAGGGACAUUAUUACAUUGAGAAAAGAACACAACAGGAAGGUUAAACAGAUCAGAUUGUUCAGGAUCAGGGACCCCAAACAAACUGUGACAUUUGGAACCUAUUUAAGGGUGCAGGAAUUCUAGAGGAUAAUAAAUGCAACAAGGUGAUGCGUUCAAGUGACUCAGCUUGGCCAGUACUAGAUCACCUAACUUAACUGUCAAACCGCUUGCCUGUGUGAUUUAAGCCUCCAGUUAUGUUUUUGUAUGGUCGCGUUUCAGAAUUCAUUUCUGCCAAAAAUGGCAGAAAUGAAUUCCAUAUAAAAAUUGUCUAUCACAUUAUUAACUCCAUUACUAAUCUUUUCAAUCAACAUUUAGUUACAUUCGCUUCUCAGGAACAGCAAUAAUGACCCUGGGUUUGACCUGGGGUAUCUUUAGUGAUCCAAAAAGUGUCAGAAAUAAAAAAAAAAAAAACAUCCCAAUAUUUUGUACGUCACAUUACUAACUCUGUGAUUGGCUGACGACCAGUUCAGGUUGUACCCCGCCUCUCGCCCGAAGAUAGCUGGGAUAGGCUCCAGCACGCCUGCGACGGUAGUGAGGAGAAGCGGUACAGAAAAAUGAAUGAACAUUGCUAACUCCAUUACAGAUGAUUUCAGUCAACCUUUCCUCUCAAUGGAUUGUUGAUUAAUCCUUCAGUUAUAACAAUGUUCCUGGGUCAACUUGAACCAGAUUGUGUUGAAUGUUAAUAGGGUCAGAAAUGAAUAAAAUCUCCAUUAAUACUGUUGUUUUCAAGAAGUUUCAGCGAGAAAAACUACAUUUUACUUGCGUUUCUUUAACUUUUAAAUGAGUCAGUUUGACCCGCUACUGUACAUAAUAGGAGGGGAAGGACUAAGAAGAACUGUUAGUAGCACUGCCGUUAUAAGAUACGCAGCCUGUUUUCGGAAUGGGCGUUAAACGUGAAGUAUUUUUGAUGACAUCCAGCCGACCACUACACUUUUCCUGUUGUUAUAUUUUAUGUGCCGGUGAAAUUUAUGACUUCCACAUCGAGCCAAAUCUUUUUUUUUUCUUUCUUCCGCACAUUUGGAGCUUGUCAUUUCCCGGUAAGAAGAAAAACAUUUUUUAACUUGUCAGAUGUUGCUGUUAUUGUGCUCGCUAACUGGAGAACGCAAGAACCUGCCAGCCUUGGAAAAUGAACAGGUUCAGCACUUUAAAGACAAUAUGUCAGUUCUUUUACAGUAUUUUAUAUAUGUAUGUACUGUAUACUGUAGUGUUGUUUCUUUAGCUUCAAAAGGGUUCUUUCUAUUGCUCGGUUUGUGUGAACUAUAAAAUUAAGAAAAUGCUAUAUCUUUAUUAAUGUUCUUUGAAUGUUUGUUCACAGUUGCUUUGUUUCCCGUCUCAGGUACUUUGUCUUGAUUGUUGGAAAAAAAUCAUUUGUGUGGCUUUUAAAUGUCAACCAUUUACUUUGGUCAUCUCCUUGUCUAAUAAGCUUUUAGAUUUGACAGAUUCUCUUUCCUGGUUUCAGUACACUAUUAAAGACAUACCUUUUUAAA